UCAUUUAUAUUUAGUCAUUAAAUAUCUCUUUCGUAACAAGACGAGUUCAUUAAAUUCUCCAUUUUUUAUUUAAAACUUAAAAUAAUUUCAGUCCACACAGUAAUUCAUUAUUGAACUUGCUGCCAAAUUUUGACCAUCUAUUAUAGAAGCACCCUCUAUGUAGUUGCGCAAUAAAUAAACUUAUGUAAAACAAAGUCAUAGUAGGCUAUGAACCGAUGUUGCGCAAAUCGGAUCCGUCACCUGGAGACGGGAAGGAAUCCUCCUUAUCUUCGAGUACCAAUGUGAUGGUGAAGCUUCUUCGAAUCCGGAGUCGGUAAUGAUUAAUCUAAAGAAAAUGGAUAAAAUGGCAAAACUACCAGAACAUACCGCCGUGCAAGAACAAGAAAUAGAGAGAGUAAAAUCAUGUCAAAAUUAUUAUCAGAUUUUUGACGUGAGUACGGACGCAACACAAUCUGAUAUAAAGAAAGCUUAUAAAAAACUUAUAUUGAAUUUACACCCUGAUAAAAAUAAACAUCCAGAUUCUACCGAAGUUUUCAGGUCUACUGUAAAAGCAAUGUGUGUGUUAAGUGAUCCUGAAAAGAGAAAGCACUAUGACAUUAAAUUGGGAAUUAAAUUGACUAAUUUUGAUAUUAAAGAUACAAUUGAAAUUUGCACGAAACGAGGGCCAGUUCCAAAGCAACAAGAAAAACGCAGAGCACAUACUAACAAUGACAAUAUCCAAUACAGUGAGCUUUCACAUUGGCUUCUCACAUUAAUGCCCAUUGUGCUACCCCUUAUUAAAAUUGAUCCUGCAUACAGAUUUCGACUUAGUUCAGAAUAUGUUAUUUCACGAGUAACCCAAAACUUAAAUAUAUUAUAUUUUGUGAAGGACAAUUUCAAUGAGGAAGAUCAGGAAUCCGUUAAAAGCGUGGAAAAACGGGUUGAAGCAAAUUAUAUGCUAGGAAUUAAGACAGUUAUUAAAAUACUUUCUGUAUUAUAUUGUAAUUAAAUAAGUGUAUAUUUAGUGAAAUAAAUUAUUUGUCAUUUCUUGGUAAUAAAAAAUUGUUUUAAAAUA